AUGUUGGCCUUGGGCAAGUAUGAGGAAGCACCUUUCUCUGUUCAGGCCAUGGGUCGUCUCCGUAGGUCUUGGUUUGCACUGCGAGAAGAUCCUGCGGCAGCCGCUCUCCAGGAACCUGGGCAGCCAUUCUUCUUGGAGGCGCUCUCGCAGACUUGUCGGGCUGUGGGAGAUGAAGACUGGGAAGUUCUCACUCGUGCAGAGGACAACUAUGCUCGUGGGCGGAGAUUGGGAGUGGAUCGACCCUUUCCUCGCGUAGCCGUGCCUGAGCAGCUGGAGAAACAGUUCGAGGAAGAGGAGGCUCUUGGAUUCAUGUACCCCCUGUCUGAGAAGGAGGAGCUCACUGAGAUUUUGGAUCCGCACUGGAUACCUGUACGGAGGUUCGCGAUUUUCCAACAAGGGAAGCUGAGGUGCAUUGACGAUUUGUCUGAGAACAGUGUCAACUCGUCCUGGGAAGUGGCAGAAAAGAUUGACCUGCGUGCGAUAGAUGAACUCCUUUGGAUAACAUCGAGGCUCAUGCAAUCCAUCGUUGAUCGAGGAUUUGUCAACCUUCGUCUUUCUUCUGGUGAAGUGAUCAGCGACUCUUUGCAUACCGUGUGGCGCACGCAGCCUGAGUCCGCGCGCUCCGUCUUGAAGUGCGUGGAUUUGAAGUCUGCUCACAAACAGUAUGCUAUAAGGCCAUGUGACAGCAAGAGGUGUGUGGUCAGCCUCCAGCGGCCCUCCGACGGGCAAGCCGUCGGUUUCAUUUCACAUACCCUACCCUUCGGCUCGCUCGCGAGCGUAGGGCUGUUCAAUCGCGUUGCCCGCUUGAUUCACUGCAUCCUUAUUGAGCUAGAUUGCCUGGCCUGUAACUAUUAUGACGACUACCCAGUGCUCGAUGUGAGUAUGCUUUCGGCCAACACCGAGAAGACAAUCCGCAAGCUCAUGUGCCUCCUGGGCGUGAUCUGCUCGAAGGACAAGGAGUUGCCUUUUUCUUCGGUGGCCGAUCUCUUGGAGGUUCGCUUGGUAGUGGUCAGAGAAGUCGACAGCUUGUUUGGAAGGAUUCAGUGCUCUGGAGUUCAUCGACUUUCUUCUACUGAUCGCGAGGCCUUUGCUGUCUUGCAGAUGCGCAUGGAUGCUGGCGAGCCCAGGCGCAUACAGGUCCGAUACUUCGGGGUCACGCUGAGUGACUCCCUGGUCGACCUAUGGGCCGAGAGCGGCAAGAAACACCUGAUAGGGCUUGUUGAGUUGUAUGCUUUGGUGCUCGCGAGAUUCGUCUGGGGUCGACUCCUCGACGAUCGAAGGGUGCUUUACUUCAUCGAUCACGUGGGAGUGCUCGCCGCUACCAUCAAUUGCACAUCUAGGGACGAGCUGUGGAGGACUCUGCUUAUACAUCUUGAAAGGGCCGAUGCCAAGCCUUGCAUUGGGUGGUAUGCUCGUGUGCCUUCUCAGUCCAAUCCCGCUGAUCCCCCGUCGAGGGGCUGCUGGAUCUUUCCGAUGUGCGAACAUGCGAUCCGGGACCAUCCUGCUUGUUUUGCCACGGGCGAAUUACUGCGCUCGUCUUGA